AAUAGAUAUUCAAUGUUUGCGUUACUAUUGAAACAUAACAUCAUAUGUAAUGAAAUGCUAUUCAAUUGUUUAAACAAAAUAUCACUUAUUUGUCAUAAUUGUUGAAAUCAUUUGUAUUAAUGACUAAAUAAAGUGUGUUUUAGUCAUUAGUUAUGAUUAUUUGAUACAAAUUUGAUGUCCAAUACACAGAAGAUCUUCUGUUGACGACUAAUGAAAGUCAUGUGUUGUUUAAGUUGAAGACAAGGUUUGACUAAAUGAAUGACAGAAAAGAGUGUUUUGUGAUAAUUGGUAACAAAUCUAGUCUUGAGUUAUAAUGUCAUCCAAUGUGGACAAUAUGAUGACAUUAGGUCACUGCUCUCACGGGUCACUGUUAUCGUCAUACAGUUGGACCAUACAGUUACUGUUGGCCACCAUUGCCUUCACGUGUCUUAUCGUGAAGCGGUUUUGUGAACCUCACCGCUACCGUCGUCCGUGGCUUAUCUGGUUCUUCGACACUUCCAAACAGGCUUUCGGUGCUUUUGUCGUCCAUUUUCUUAACAUAUUAUUGGCCGAAAUAAAUUCGGGUCGCGACCCGUGCACUUUAUAUGUAAUUAGUUUUUUAAUUGAUUCAUCCAUUGGUUUACUAUUAUUAUGGCUUUUUAUAAGACUUGCUGAAUAUAUUGCCAUUAAGUAUAGUCAUCCAUAUUUAAUAUUUGGUGAAUACGGCAAACCCGAGCCAUUGCUCCGGUAUUGGAUAAUACAGUGUUUGGCAUAUAUUGUAAUAGUAUUGGUCGUCAAGUUUAUUAUAACACUUUUACUUUUAUUUGAAUUUUGGUUAACAGUUCGGUCAUUGAUAUUGUGGCCAAUCAAGCAUUUUCUUGAUGUCAAAACUGAGAUUAUUUUGGUAUUACUUGUUAUCCCAUUCUUUGUCAAUGUGUUUAUAUUUUGGGUGACCGACAACUUCCUAAUUAUGCACCGAAUCCGACAAAUUAAAUACAAUUCCAACUCUCAAAGUGAUAUAAUACUAGCAUUUACUCAACCCAUUGAAUCUCAAGUUGUGAUCAACGGUCAUAACAUUCACGACAGCGAUGACGACACCGAACUCAUUGACAUAAGCUUUGAACCCGACUCUCCUCAUCACAGAAAUAUGCUUUAAAUAUUAUUACAUUUCACUUUAAGACCUAUUUUUGACAUUUUUUUUAAUUUUUAUAAUUCUGAUUAUUGAUAGUUUAUAUUUAAUUUAUUAUUAAAUUUAUAUUUAUUGUAUAUUUAAUUCUUUUUACCGAUUAUGUGGUCUAAAGUAAUU